AGCGGGCAGGGCACCGCCUGAGGGCGGGGGGUACGAAAGGGAACCUGCAGCCGGUGCCGCCGGCUUGUUCAGGUUUAUUGUGAAACUGUUGCAGCAUAAUGAGAAAUUAGCAGUAAACCACAUACCACAAGCACUCAGUGUUAUCUGAGGAAGAUGCUGUGUUCUAGUGCGUGCCUCUGAAGGAGCUGACCUGUGUUUUUGCUGGGCAUGGAGAUGCCGUAUGUCCUUCUCUUAACUAGACUCGUAGCAGAAGUUGCCAGCAAAUCUACUGAAAGUUUGGUUUCAGAAACAGAAUGUUGUGUGGAUAUGUUGGAUUCAAACAGUUCCUGUCCAGUAACCAACCAGUGCAGUCCAGGUUGUUACAGACGAUGGAAUGAGGAUGGUAGUAGUAGCUGCAUUAAAUGCAAAAAUGAAACCCUUCCUGUUUCUUCUGUUUACAAUCUGACAGAAUGCAGAAAUACUGGUAUCAGAGCAAUGAAUUUCCAAAUGAAUAUAAGCACUGUAACUCCUUUCAUACAGAACAUAGGGGGCCCAGAAGUGGCAGCCUCUCUCAUCUUAGGGACGUUUUUCAUCAGUUUAUUCCUGAUUCUGUCUGUUGCUUCUUUCUUCUACCUCAAACGUGCCAAUAAACUUCCUAAUGUUUUCUACAGAAGAAACAAAGCAUCUGUUCUCCAGCCUAGUGAAACAGCAUCCAUGAUACCUCCCCCAGCUUCUUCAGUUCGGAAGCCACGAUAUGUCAGACGAGAACGGUCACUAGUGACGUCUACAUCUGCUGCUAUGAUCUCUUCUUCCGAAACCAGGGUCAGCAAUGUUUAGCCUUCAUUCUUGACUGAGGACUUUGUAAGUGUACACGAUGUCGAAGAAACUUUCUGAACACAGUGAAGUGCCAGGAAAACUUUGCACGGAGCUGACCUAAAUGGAAGCCAAAUUACUGUGUCAAAGGGUUUGUGCCAAAUGUUAACAGAGGAAUGAACCAAUGCAAAGAUACUGAUGACAGGCUGCAUCCAGUUCAGUUAACUGCUUUGGUGAUCUCUAAAUGCACUAUUCCAGCUCUGUGGGUUCGUCUGUGUCCUACAGAUGCUGUGUUUAAAGUCUUUAAAGAAUCUGCCUUUCUUUGGUACACUUUCAGCUUUGGCAAGAAGUCCUUCCUGUGUCAUGAUGUGUUCUGUGUCCCCAGAGCUGAACGUCUCAGUGCUGCAGGCGGAUAGAAAAUACUGGGAUCACUCCAGGAUGUGGACUUGUUUGUACGACCCUCUUGUAAACGCUUACACUAAGUGCCACAGCUCUAACAUUUAGGACAAUACAACAAAACUUACCAUGCAGUAUCCUUCUAAAGCAAAAAAAAAAAAUGUCUCUCCUGGAGCAUCCUCUUCAGCCUAUGACAUAGCUGACCAUGGUUUUUAACUGUGGUUAUAGACCCACUAUCCAGAUACUGUUGUUCUUGGUGCUUUUUAAGGCUGUGGUCAGUAAGGGUCCAAUCUUAAGUGUGGGAAUUUGUUGGGAAGCUUUUCCAACUGACUUUAGCUCAGUCCUUGGAUAAAGAGCAGCUGAUAGGCUGCUAUGUCUGCCCUGCAAUGAGUGUUUGUGCGAGCUGCCUUCCCUUAAAGCAGCAGCUGAAGGGAAACCAGGAUUCCUUCAGGGCAGCUGUGCAUCCGUUAGACAUGUCAGUGUGUAUCGGGAUGAACUGGAGAGGUCAGGAGUAUUUCUGCUAAUGCAAUAAUGGGUUUCUUUCAUCAAGCCCUUUGUUAACAUGCCUGACAUCUGCAGGCCAGCACCUUAUGACAGACCUCAACAAGGAUUUCCAUGUUGAAAGUGCCAACCUAAAUAGCCCCCACUCUCAGAUGCCCGUUCUUGCCCAUCUGAUGCCAGCUCUGUGGCAGAGAAGUCACUUGGUCAGGAAAUGAAAGUAGCUGUAAAAUCUUUUUUGGGGGCUCAGUUAUCCUUUACCUAUUUUUUUCCUGGCAUGGUUGACUCUGUUGCCACGUGAACCCAUACUGGGCACAGCGGAACGGGCAUAAGAGUGGGUGACUGGUAAGUAAGUGAAAAAACUGAGGUUGCUAGAUUGGUUGAAGUGUCACUGUCACCAUAUGUGAAACUAUAACUAUGCAGCUUGUGUGUUCCCACCUACCUGCGUUGCUAUUGCCUGGUUUGGUUCAGCUGGCAUUCCAUUAUGGGUCUGUGCUCCUAAAAUAGACUGCUUGGAAGCUCUUCAUCAGCAUCCACUGGCAUGAACAUAAACUGGAACAGUCGGUUCUCUUUUUUGGGAAUAUGUGAGCAUAACUGUCUUGAGCUGACGUGACACCCAUAUGGAGAGUCCAAACCUUGUGAUCCACAUUCCCUGUUCUCCAUAGUUAAAAGCUCAUUCAAAGCUAAAAGAUGAGAACUGAGACGGGAGGAGCUAUACUUAUCUCACUGAAUAGACCUGGGUUUAUGUAAGCUUCAGUGCAGUUAUGUUUCCUUUUUCCUCUUCUCACGAGGUAAUGAGAUCUCUUGUAGCAUCCAAACAAGCUAAAGAUCUGAGAUAAAGAACAAAUCGUAAGAGGCCCCUGUGCCAAAACAAAGCCUGAACUGCUGUAUGGAGACACUUAAGAUUUUAUUUAUCAUUGUGAUAGAAAGAUAACUUUUGUUCUAUUGGGAAAACCUAAAGACAGCAGACUGCCAUUUUGAAAUCUUUCAGCUUUCAAUAUGAAAUGUGCUUUAUAGUUCCUGUGUUCCAAGUUCAGGAGGAGGCAGGUUCGUUUCUGUCAUUUUGAUGUCUCUUUGUCUUUGUGCUGCUGUGAUUUUUCCACGGGUAGAAAUUAUGUCUGGAGGUCAUAGGUUUUUCCUGAACUUAAUUCCUCAGUAUUUUCCUGACUGCUAAAGAAAAUGAGUAACUAUGCAAAUCAUGCCAAGAAACUGCACCUUUGAAAGCAGGGAGUUUCUGCUUGCGAACCUGUCCGUGAUAGUGCAUUCUUGUGUCGCUUAGUUGCUAAUAUAUUCUUUCUACCCAAAUCAUUGGAGGCUCAUUCCUUUCAUUGUACUGUCUGAACCCUCUCUUAUCCUCAAGUGCGUAUUGUAACUUAAUGUCACGAAUCUAAUGCUCUGACUUCUGUGCAGUCAAGUUUUUCUCAAUGAUAACCUCUCUUUUCCCCUCCUCAUACUCUUCCCAACCCUUGAAAACUCUUUGAAAUGCAGCAGAUAUUUUUACUAUUUUUUUGUGUGUUUCAGAAACCAGUCAGCUUUUGUUCUUGCUGUCUGAUGUAGUGGACUCCUGAUCUAAACAGUUUCUCCUUUGUUUGCACUGUCGAGUUAAAUAUAUAAUGUGGUGUUUUGGUUUCCAUCUCCCUUCAAAAUUAUGAUACAUACCUAUAUAUUUUAAAAAAUUGGCUUCAAUGAACCCUGAUAUUUAAUGUAUUUGUAUAUUUUUAAAUUGUGCCAAAAUAAACAUA